AUGAAAGAAGUAGAUAAUCUUGAAAGUAUAAAAGAAUGGGUUUGUGAAACAGGAUCUGACAACCAGCCUCUUGGUGACAGUCGACAAGCAACUUGCGAGUACUUUGUCGACAGUCUCUUUGAGGAAGCCCAGAAGGUUGGUGCCAAAUGCUUGUCUCCCACCGAACAGAAGAAACAGGUAGAUAUAAAUAUAAAAUUAUGGAAAAAUGGAUUCACGGUCAAUGAUGAUUUCAGAAGUUAUUCAGACAGUGCAAGUCAGCAGUUUCUGAAUUCCAUCAAAAAAGGGGAAUUGCCUUUGGAAUUACAGGGGACGUUUGAUAAGGAGGAGGUGGAUGUUAAAGUUGAAGAUAAGAAACAUGAAGUAUGUGUGGCAACGAAGCCUGUGUUCCUGCCCUUCUCAGGACCGGGUCACCGACUGGGAAGUGCCACACCAAAAAUUAUUUCAAAAACAAAAAGUAUUGAAGUUGAGAAGAAAAAUAAUUUGUCUACUGUCCCACUAAACAACCUGGAACCCAUCACUAAUAUACAGAUCUGGUUAGCCAGUGGGAAAAGGAUUGUUCAGAAAUUUAACAUGUCUCAUAGGAUAAGCCACGUCAAAGACUUCAUCGAAAAGUACCAAGGCUCUCACAGAAGCCCCCCCUUUUCCCUGGCCACGGCGCGCCCCUACCUCAGGCUGCUGGACGAAGCGCUCACGCUGGAAGAAGCGGACUUACAGAACGCCGUCGUCAUCCAGAGACUCCACAAAACCACGGACCCCUUCAGAGGACUCUCAUGA